CGUGAAAAUACAGUUUUUUCUUUUUUUCGUGAGGCCAUUUUAUCAGUUCAGGCAAUUCGUGAUUUCUCAGUCAAAUAUCGAAUACAGCAUAUUGAUACCGGUACUAUCCUCACAUGACCACCUCUUUUUCUGCAUUCAGACAAGAAGUACCGGUAUAUCAAAAAGCAAAAUUUGUCUCCACAGCAUUUUGCUGCCCGACACAGGCGUGACAAAGCUUUCAGUGUAAAAAUUGACUCAUACCCCUAUCAAGCGUAUCUCUGAUGUCGAGAGUGGGAAGAGGUGUACCGACAAUUUUCUUACCCGCCCUUUGCGUCUACCCAAUAUGGUUGACAAUCGGGAUACGGGAGGAUGCCUUGGUCUCUGCCGUUGUAAACUACUAUCCUAUGAUGGUAGCAAUGGUCCUAGGCUCCAUGAUCGCUGGGUCAACUCCACUUGGAGGAGGAGUCGUUGCCUUUCCGGUAUCUGUUCUUGUGCUUGGAUUUAGCCCGGACCAAGGCAGAGAUUUUAGCCUCUUGAUACAAUCUGUUGGGAUGACAGCAGCUUCAUUUCUCAUUUUCUAUAAGAAACGAUGCCUAUUGAGUGGAUGCGAAGAUGCCAUGGUGAUAUUUAGUAUCUUGAGUGUCAUUGGAAUGAUCGUUGGCUUCGAAUGCUUUUCUGGUCUUUCUCCGUACGUUGUGAACAUUAUGUACACAACCACAGUAGCGUGUAUUGCUUUGGUCUUGGCGUAUUUCGAUGUUGUUGCUAGAAGACGAAAGGCUGUGGUCAAUGACAGAAGCGCGGGGGGGAAUGAUGCCGGCAAGACUCACCAACGCAGUAUGACAAAGGUAUCAGAUGACAUCAGCGACAGUGACAUCGAGUCGGAAAUCAUUCGAGAAGGGCCCCACGUUGAUUCCUCAUGUGUACCACUAGAGACAACAAUAUCGAAUGUGUCAGAUUCUGCCGGAAGCGAUAGAAGGUGGAUGGCGACAACAUUUACCAUGUACAUAUGCCUCCCAGUAUUCGCAACUGCAGGAGGUAUCCUUUCUUCUCAAAUCGGAUCAGGGGCUGACAUCGCAUUCUACUUUUACGGUUGCGUCUACAAUGCUACUCAGUCUCGACAUGGAUAUUCCCGCAGUGGUAAUACAGAAGGGAAAAUAGGUGGAAAUACCUUGACGGCUGGAUCCGUCAUAAUAAUGGCUAAUACCAGUAUAUUCGGCUCCAUACUACGCGUGACAACACAGAAAGAUUCGCAAGCAAUAGUUGAUGAUCGAGUAUACCAGGCAUUGAUGGCAUGUAUACCGAUUGUGGUACUCGGUGCACCUGUCGGCAGUCUCUUUCUCACACAGUCAAAUCAACAACGGUUGAAAUAUUUAUUUUAUGUCCUUGGUAUCCUCCAGCUUGCAGUGUUCGGGAUCAUCAAAAUUGGAAAUGAUUACUUGACAUGGAGUGCGAUUCUUGGACUGCUAUCCUUUGUGAUGAUUUGUCUCGUAACUCAUCAUACGCUAUCCUCUCGUUAUGGUGAAAAGGGAUCUGUAACAUUUGAAUCUUGACAGAGAAAUUUUGAAGCGACUUCCGUAAUAUAGAUGAUUUUUGUCGGUAUUGAUAUGACUAAUCCUUCAAAAAUAUGAUUCUGAUCGGAGAACUCACUGUCUUUCAUUGAGAGAAACGUGCAGGUGAUCAAUAGAAUUUGAAUACAUUAAUUUCUUUGCUGUGACAGCUAUGGAGUUUCUUUCAGAAUGGUUGAAAAAGAAUAACUUCAUCCGGAAGCCAAAAAGAUGGCUUCGUCAUUUAAAGACUUCAUAUUUGUGGAUCGCUACUCAUCAUCGUUUUCUUCUUCUGGUUUUGGUGCAAGGAGAACGCCCUGAAUGAUUAGACCCAGAGAAAAAAGUGAAAUAAUGGAAUUCAUAAUAGGAAAGAGCAGCGGGCCGUCUACUGUUCCAUAGUUUGCAAAUUCAAUCGCUGCUCGGACCGACGAUGUUGCACUGCUAAUGCUUGUAAGCACUAGCAGCAGAAUUACCAAUGGUAGCAAGACUGUUGUCGACAAGCCCGUCACUACUAGUAUUUGCUGGACGAUUGACACUACCGUAGGCCGAAACAGAAUGGAUCGCAAAUCGUCCAAUUGUGGAUUGACCAAACUCUUUGUCGCAGGAGCCCUGACGAACGCCGUAGGAUUCAAUGCAUAUCGUGAGUCGCCAAACAAGACCGCCAUUUUAUCUGGGAUGGACAAAGUAUAACCAUUUUGGUCAUCCUCCUCUAUGAUUCUUUCCAUUGCUCUCUUGUUGAUGAUAUAGGCUGUGGUACCAAGUGCACUUUGGCUAUUCGACGUGGAUAAUUUCACUAUUCUCUCCUCGUUAGUUUUGGACACCUUUAGGUCUGGAACGUAUGGAAUGUAUGCCAGAUGAAUCACAUCCCAUUUGCUGUUUUUGUUUUCGAUGAAAUCAGACACAGCGUCUAUUGUGUCCUGUGUCAAUAUUCGGUUACCAAGGCUCAAAUUGUCUUCAAAAAUCAACACGUUAAGAUCCUUGCCAUCAUUUUUGCUGUCAAUGGAACGAGCAUUUACCUUUUGAAAGACAUUAAAAAAAUCAAAACCACCCGGGGAUACCGAUGAACCCCUAGAAUUUGCUCCGAGAACAUCCCUGAAAACACUGACAUGCGAAGUAUAACAUCCUCGAACUCUAUCUUCAUCGUCGGUCUCAAAUUCUUUGAUUGUAGUGCUGUCGAGAAGAUUUAUGGUGUUCAAGAUAUUCCGUGUGGAUUGUAUUCUGUUUCCGUCGACGUCGCCGUUCGGACAAUGAAUGAGGCAAACAGAGUCGAGGAAGGACCAGUCCAAAGAAGAUGCUGUGGCACUGCUAGAGGUAUCAUCGUUGCUGGUCUCGUCAACGAAACUUUCACCAAUACUUGCCCAUACAGCAAAAUGUCUGCUAAAUGUAACACUUUGAUCAGGUUUUGUCGCGAAUGCCUGCGAAGUCGUUGAGAAAGCUUGCACGUGGUUCCUAGGGGCAAUGAAGAGCACCAGUAACAAAACAGUCAAACAUAUCUGCAAGAAACUCAAAAUCUUCCUUUGUCCGUAGAAGCUUCUUGUCUGUGAAGAUGUCACCGUCAUGGUCCCCGUUGAAUGCAGUUACAAUAUAUGGAAUGGUAGUACCGAAUGCUAGAGAUUGUUUGAUGGUGUUCGAUGAAAAACAGAAUCGGUGUCGUCGACUUUUUGAUGGAUGUGUUGUCGAGGUGAAGAAAACAUGAGGUCUUCUUUUCUUGAUGUGUACUGGUAGGUACCGGUACGUACGAUAUUCGUACAAGAAACGUACUCGUACGAGUAAAGUACUUAAUCGGAGGACAAUACUUAAUAGUAGUAAUUCUUAAUUAGAAGUACGAGGUCCUCGUACUCGUACCGGUACCUGGUACGUACGUAAAAAAGUAUUUUCGAAUCUUCUCGUACCGUCUGUUUUUGCCAGAAAAAUCUUGUGCGCACGCCACUUGGAAUCGGAAAUCUACGAGUACCAGUUCAGUUAAUCGGUAAUAAAAUGCGUUAACCAUA